UUGGUCGGGCCGACUCCAUUUUGAGGAGUCUCUGAGGCGCUUCUGGCUCGGCUGCCCCUCGGAGGCGUCCGGAGCUGGGAGAUGCUGUCGCCGCUGGUCUCUCGCUGACGGCGGGGCGGGGGAAGACCGGGGCUUGAAGAAGGGGCAGGAGCGGCUGGAUGCGGGGCUCCUGCGGCGAGGAGGACGGGCACCCGCCGCAGCUGUCUUGGCCGCUGUUGUCAGGCUCGGCCGCCUCCGUCGCUGCUGCCGCUUCUUUAGCCCCCGACCUUUCCUCCUCCGUCCUCUCCCUGGGAAGGAAGCAAGACGGGGCGCUGCUGAAAUGAAGGAUACCGGAGCAGAAGAACAGAUGGGCAGUUGGCUCUUCAAGCAGCUGAAGCUCCAUUUAGAUCAGGAAUGGAAGUACCAGCCUCAGGAGAAGGGUCUGAGCCUGAUCGAGUGCACUGCAGAGAAUGAAAACACUUUAUGUCCAAGACUGAGGAAUGCAAAAGUAGAAGAUCUCUGGAGUCUGACCAACUUCUUUGGGUUUGCCAUGGAAACAUUUGUUCUGGCUGUCAACAUUCUGGACAGAUUUUUGGCACUUAUGAAGGUGAAACCUAAGCAUUUGUCAUGCAUUGGAGUCUGUUGUUUCCAGCUGGCUGCUCGAGUGGUUAAAGAGGAAUGCAACAUUCCAUCCCUCCAUGAUGUUAUCCGCAUUAGCCAAUGCAAAUGCACUGUGUCCGACCUGAAGCGGAUGGAAAAAAUAAUCUCAGAAAAACUGCACUUUGACUUCAAAGCUACUACUGCCUUAACCUUUUUGCACUUGUACCAUACUAUUGUACUCUGUCAUACCUCGGAAAGGAAAGAAUUGCUGAAUCUUGACAAACUGGAAGCACAACUCAAAGCUUGUAACUGCCGACUAGUUUUUUCAAAAGCAAAACCAUCCAUCUUGGCCUUGUGCCUUCUCACUCUGGAAGUACAGACUUUGAAAUCGAUUGAAUUGUUUGAGAUUGUCAUGCGUGUUCAGAAGCAUUCAAAGAUAAGUGACAGUGAUUUGCUGUACUGGAGAGAGCUGGUGUCAAAAUGUUUAGCCGACUACUCUUCUCCUGCAUGCUGUAAGCCAGAUCAUAAAAAGCUAGUUUGGAUUGUUUCAAGACGUACCGCCCAAAACCUUCAAAACAGCUACUAUAGUGUUCCUGAAUUGCCCACCAUUCCUGAGGCUGGAUGCUUUGAUGAAAGUGAGAGUGAGGACUCCUGUGAAGAUAUGAGCUGUGGUGAAGAAAGCCUUAGCAGUUCUCCAUGUGAUCUGGAAAGCACCUUCUUCUUCGACCUCAAACCAAAAGCGAAGUGGAGGCUCUCUUUUGAUUUGGUGUGCUGCGUUGAGCUGUUAAUGUAUGGUAGUACUUUUGGCAAUAAGUAGCUAAGCGCACUCUUCACCUUGGCAGGAUUUCUCAUGAAGUAACCAAACGGUAUAAUGUACUUUCCCUUAGUGCUUUAGUCAAAUGUAGCAAGGUAGAUCUGUUCAGCUAAUUUAGGCUUCAGCAAGAAGCAUUAAGGGCACGCUGUCCCUUAGUGCUUUUAUACAGGAUGGCUUUAAAUGUGCUGGAUUGCCCUGCUGAAUUGGAAACUUGGGGUAUACAAAGUUAAAUCUCAAUUAGAGGAUUUGGGGAAGGCUAAACUGCAAAGAAGUAUGUGCUUUAUUUUAUUUGGGACUGAAGUACUUAAUCUAAACUUUAGUUGUGCAUUUUUUUAAAGAAAGGAGUCUUUUAAAAAUGAACUGUUUUUAAAAAGCUUGUUCAAUUUCAGGAAGCUUAUUUGUUUGGGCAGAUGCUCAGAUUAUUUAGAGAGGAGUCUAAACCAGAGAACAAGCUGGUUAAUAUGUGCUAGGGUGUAUAUUAGUAUUAACUUGGGAAGAUCUGCUUUGAGAUCUUGAUGCUUCCUUAGAACAGGGGUCACCAGCGUGGUGCCUGUGGGUGUCAUGGUGCCUGCUGACAUCUUUCCUGGUGCCUGUCAAAUGUUUUAGAAAGUGGGUGGGGCCAGGUGGAGCUUUUGAUUGGCCAUUGAAGAUCUGAUUAGCUGUGCAUAUUUUUGAAAAUACUGCUUUGGCAGCACCUGCCACCACUGCACAAGGAUCUUCACUGUGUGACUGAAGGUAUGCUGCAGCAGACAUUUUGUGAUUGGCUCUGCCUUCUGUGGCAGCCGUUUUGUGGCUGUGCUCACCAAGCUGUGUCAGAAUUCCAAAGGUGCCUGCAAGCUCAAAAAGACUGGGGACCCCUGCCUUAGAAAAUCUUACUGUUAACAUUCAAAAGCAUUACUAUUAAAUGAGAAAGAUUGGCAUUCAGUGUAAAUUUUACAUUCCCUUAACUACUAACUCCUGUAGCUUAUUCCAGUAUUUUUCCAUUAUCAUAAGCAAGUCCAUAUCAUAACGCGUUUGCAUGCUUAAAUGAAAGCCGUUAGCGGAAAAGCAAUUGAUUAUGCAGAAGUGUUGGUAAAUGUGAAGUUGAUCAAAGUGGUUGUAAUGACACUUAAUUGCUUGCAAUUUUCUUUUAAAGCACAGACUGUAUGGUUGCAUUACUUAGUAUUUUAAAAAAAUAUGCAAAGUGAGCAAAAGAAGAAAAUGUACUAUGUAGUAUGAUGAUGUACUUAGCGAUGCCAUGGUAGAAAUGAAGGGGCAACAGAAAUUAGGGUGUAGCCACAAAUUCUGUAGCUAUUUGUCUAGGCUGAAGUACAGAUGUGAAUGGUGAUAAUGUGUGGUGUGUGCUGAUUUUUUUUUAUAAAGGAAGAAAACGUUUACAAAAAUAUGUAAAAAUGUAAAUUAAAACUUGUAUAAAAAAUCAAAAGGCAAAAUAAGCUGAAAACUGUAUUUUUACAGUGUGUUUGUAACUUUCUAUAGGUAUGUUGCAUGUAGAUAUUAAUUUAUUGUAUCCUGUAUAUGAUAUAAAUACUGUAUAGUGAAGGCUUGCUUUUUUUGGUACUGCAGGCCUUAAUGUCUAAAGAUGUUUUCUGGAAGCUAUUUUCUCUCAAAGAUAAGUCAGAUCUCUUUGCUUCAAUUCAAUAAAACCAAAUGCAUUUCCUA